AUUUUGUUAGCACAUGGAGUUAAAAACUGUAUGAGAUUAACGAGACGAUAACACCUCUAAUUCUUAAUGAAGAACAAGAUUAUAAUCACAGCCAAAAAUGUUAUAUUUGUGAUAAAGUCAGUUAAGUGGUUUAUCCAUUAUCUCCUAUCCAGUAAAUCCGAACCUCUAUUUGACUUCUGUGUACAGUUCUUUAAUAUACAAAGGUUUAUUAAGCUAUUUCAUGUUUAAUUAAUUAGGCUUAUUCGCUUAAAUACUUUAUUAAUUUGUUAUUCGUUUACUCGUUAACCGUUAAACUGAAUAAAGUUCACAAUUACUAUUUUAAAGAGUUAAAUGCUCAAAAAGGUUACAUCAAAUCAAGAUUAACAAAAUUUAAAACAUAUUUGUUCAAUUAUUACGAUAAUGAAGAUGUUUUCCAAUUAAAAGCUAGACUUGGUAAAAUUAAGGAAUCGUGGUUGAGAACACUCAGCUUAAAAUUGACAUGCUGGACCAAACCGCGGAAUUCCAGAAAGCCCAACAAUUGGAAAAGGAUAAUUUUGAAAGUUUAUACUAUGAAUGGGUCGGAAAGGCUGAAAGAUAUCUAUCCGAGCAACAUGCUUCCUCCGUCGCCAGUAUGAAUCAAUCAGGCUGCUGAGCCUUCUCUUGCUAACCCUACUUCUACAAAUUGUAGUGUGCCACAAAUGCAUAUUAAGCCUUUUUCUGGAAACUUUGACGAUUGGAUCCCAUUCCGGGAUGUGUUUAAAGCUAUCAUUCAUAGCAAUGUCAGAUUAACCGAUGUUGAAAAGUUGUACCACCUCUGUAACUCCUUGUCCACUCAAGCGGCUCAUAUUAUGGAAUCAUUAAAACUCACAUCCAAUAACUAUACGAUAGCUUGGGAAUUAUUAGAGGAGCGUUACGAAAAUGAAAAAAAAUCAUUGUUUAUAAACAUGUUAGAGUUAUUCAAUAUCGAUAAGUUAGAUCGGGAAUCUGCUGAGGGCCUCAGAAAUACAUAUGACAAUUUUCAAAAGCAUCUUCAGGCCUUAGAAGCUCUGAAACAGCCUACAGAUAAAUGGGACACUCUUUUAGUCCAUAUGAUAUCAUCCAAAUUUGAUUCCCAAAUUUACAAAGAUUGGCAAAUUGCUUCUGCCUCGAAUGAAUUAAACACUAUGGCUGAUAUUAGGGAAUUUUUGCACAAAAGAUUCCAUUCCCUCAAAUAACCUGUCAAUUAAACCAAAAUACACUAACCAAAGCUCUUGUCAUUUAACUAAGCAAUCAAGUGAGAUAAUAUGCAAAUUAUGCCAUCAAAACCAUCACAUUUUCAAUUUACAGUAUUGCAAGGGAUGAGCAUUCUGGACCGAUAUACUAAAAUUAAAGAAAUGGAUGUUUGCUUUAAUUGUUUGAAAUCUGGACACUCCAUGAAAGCAUGCAGAUCGUCUCGCUGUAAGUUUUGCGACAAACCGCAUUAUACUUACUUGCACCGAGAUCGACUUAGCCCCUAAGUCUCCUGAGCCUCAGUCAGUAAAAGAAGAAAACCGUGCAAAAUCAAUCCACACCCCAUCAGUCGCACACAUAUCCAAGGGAUCUUAUGCAAAUAACAACCCUAAUUAUUCUAUCAUACUCUCAACCGCAAUAGUUGAUGCACGGACUCCUGAAGGAGAUUACAUCCCAUUUAGAGUUUUAUUAGAUUCAGGAUCUCAAAUCAAUCUAAUGUCUUAAGUAGAUAUAAAAUGCGGGUUCUGGAACAGUUAAGGUUGUGGUGAAGUGGGGAGAGGUGUAGGCUAUGUAUUCGUCAGACCCGAUGGCCUGUCUGUGGGAAGUGAAAAAAGGUGAAGUGAGGAGAGGUGUAGGCUAUGCAUUAGAGUCUCGCGUCGGAUUUUGCCGAGUGAACACGCUGUAUUGUAGCUCCGUGUUGAAUCGAAAUUUUAAGUUGGUUGAAGUAGCCUGUUUCGCCUGUGAGUAGGUGGAAACUGUCCGACUUUCAACAAGCUUCAGGAUUUUGCACUUUUCUACAAGAAAAUUACAGGUAGGACUUUCCUAUAUUCGUUUUUGUUACUGAAUUCAUCGUAUUUUAUUUUGUUUUGUUGUUAACUACAAAAGCACCUAGCAACGGAAAGGGAAUAUUUCCCACUUAAUUUUCAUUUUUCCCUGCAAUUAUUUCCCUCCCAGCUGAUUUCUGCUACGUUUGCAGAGGGAAAUUUUCCCUUUUUCUUUUCCCUUUCAGCUGAUAUAUUGUUUAUCGCUGAAGCGGGAAAAAAUCCCUGCAAAUUUUGAUUUUCCCUUUCCCUUUUUCCCUUUUUACCUCGGCCAGCUGUUUUUACAUCUAGACACAAAUUCUUAUUUCUUUCAUUCAUUAAAUUCAAAUAAUACUUGAAUUAUUGAAAUACUCCAAGAAAUAAAUGUAUAAUGGCCCCACCUGAAAAAACUCGCCCUCCCUGGACUGCGGGUGCAACAGGAAGUAACAGUUUGAAUACAACAGCCAUUCCAAAACCUAUUAGCAAGCAACCAACCAAAGCCAAAAGACCCCCAAAUGAUAAUUCAUCGGAUACAUACAUCUAUCGCCAGCGAUUCCGACCAUAAAAUUAAAAAGAAGAGAAUUGAACAAAUCAAGGUAAAUGGUCACCUAUGCGGCGCAUUAGAAUCGAAUCAAAAAACGGCUCAUCAUAUUAGAGAGCAAAUUGCUCAAUAUCUGAUUGAGCCUAACAACAAAUGCCCUAAACCGGCAGCUGCGCAUAUAAUACACUUAACUGAUCAGCUAAUGUGUAUCCUAAACGAACUGACAAUUGAAAACACCUUCCUGAAAGGGAAAACAGAAAGCACACACAUUAACACAAAUAAUUUAGUACAAGAAAUUACCAAAGCCCUGACACCUAUCAUCGAAAACAUACCAGAACACCUCAACCGACCACAGCCAUCAACAAGCAAAAACCCUUCACUCUUUACCCCCUCAAUAAUAAACAACUCAGAACCGACCUCUUGGACCACAGUAGUUAAAAGAAAAUUACCGAAAAUCAAGGAUACAACAGGACACGAAGAAGAAACUUCGCACCUACCUAAGACCGACGACCAGUGGGUCACGGUAGUUAAGAAGAGUAUGAGGAAAAAAGAACACCCCAAACCUGCUGUAAAGGACAAGCCUGCUCAAGAUAGAGCCACCUUAUUACAAAAAGCGAAAGAAGAGGCCGAGAAUAGCAAUAAAAUAGUUUUCAUUGACCCGCGGGAAAAAACUGACUCCCAGGAGGUCCUGAAAAAAGUUAAGGAAAUCAUCAAUCCCAGGGUGACGGGCAUCCGUAUUGAUGACAUACGAAUAACAGCGAAAGGAGGCGUAGCAGUCAAAUUAGAAGCCCCUAGUGACAGGCAAGCCUUAUUAUCUAAUGAGGCACUUAGCCAAGCUGGUCUCAAUACACGAACGGCGGGCAAGCGCAAUCCCAGGAUCCUGAUACUGAGAGUCCCAAAAGAAAUCCAGCCGCAGGAGUUGUCAGACCAGUUAUGUGCGAACAAUGGCCAGCACGAAACAUGGGAAAGAGCCAAUGUUAGACCACUGUUCACAUUAAAGUAUGGUACUGGCACCAGGGAAGAAUCGGCGCACGUCUCCUGGGUGGUCGAAGUCGAUCCACGGACAUGGAAAGCCGCGACGGAAAGAGGCAAGGCUUACCUGGAUUACCAGGUAUGCACACUAAAAGACUAUACAGGGGUUACCCGCUGUUAUAAUUGCCAGUCGUACGGGCAUGUAGCAGCGGUGUGCCCCAAAAAAGAUCCCGUAUGCGGCAUCUGCGCUGACGUUCACGACACGCGCCAAUGCCCACGAGAGAGGACGCGGUGCGUGCAUUGCCACCGUGCGGGUAAGACCAGUGGCCACCCAGUGGGUUCUGUGCACUGUGAGGCCCACGCGCGAGCAAUCGCUAGAGCAUGGUGCACAACAGACCAUGGGGAAGCCUCGGACACGGGCGAAAAACACCAGAGCCUUACGGCCCAAGGCAAAAGUGAUGGAGCUAUGGGAGUCAUGGAUACAGACACAAUAGAAAAUGACACCCCUCAACUACACGAACAAUGAUUAGCCUCCAAAGGAAUG